AUGAUUGGUCUCUCUGGUGCAGCUGUAUCUCUUGGUGUUGACCGACUCGUUUAUGGCCGUUGGACAGUUAAUCAAGUCAACUUUUUACUCUUUAAUUUCUGCUCAAAUGGGGCUAGCUUCUACGGGGUGCAGCCUUGGUACUGGUAUCUCACAAGCGGUCUCCCCUCUAUCCUUACUCUUCACUUACCCCUGGCACUUGUCGGUUGGCUGUUUGAUGCCAUGAGUGGUCACCGUUGGUUCAUGCAGCCGUGCAUUCUGCUGAAGGGCCGUCCUAGAACAAAGGAAAAAAUCGUUGCAAAAUACUUCGGUGUCUGGAUUGCAUGGACUACAUUCGCUUACAGCUGCCUAGCACAUAAGGAAUUCCGAUUCCUCUUCCCACUGUUUCCUCUAUUCAUUUACUGUGCUGGUCGAGGGUUGUUCCAUCUCCAUCGCAUUGUGACCAAGUCUCGGUGGACCCAGUCCUUCUGCUCCCCUCUAAGGCUACUUAUUGGCCUUCUAGUUGCGGUCAAUCUCGCUGUGGCCGGCUACACUUGCCUCGUCCACCAAGGGGGACCAGACGCGCUCAUGUCGAAGCUGGCCAGUCAGGCCGCUGCUGCCAACUGGGCCGACAUGUCUCCAAGACCCAAAAUCCUUUUUCUCAUGCCAUGCCACAGCACGCCUUACCUGAGGUGA